AUGGUCGCAGUAAAGCAUCUCGGCCUCGCAACUCUUCUUUGCCUUGGCCUCGCCAACCAAGGCGUCGCGCUGGGCAUCGACGGGACCACCAACGAUCUCAAUCUCGUGCAGAGAAGAGUGGGAAGUUACUUCAACGUCGCCCCAAUACUCGCAAAGCCUAGGGCGGAGGAGAUUCAGUUUAAUGAACGCGACUUUGAGGAGCUUAAAGAGCGUGACCUCAAUCUUGAAGAGCGAGGGUUCCGCAAGGGCUUCAACACAGGUGUCGCCAAAUGGCAAAAGCCCCGCGAUCUUGAGCAGCGAGGGUUUCGCAAGGGAUUCAACCCAGGUGUCGCUAAAUGGCAGAAGCCUCGGGAUCUCGAGGAGCGACGAUUCCGCAAGGGAUUCAAUCCGGGCGUUGCCAAAUGGCAAAAGCCUCGCGAUCUUGAGGCAUUAUUGCAGACGAGUGUCGUCUAUGUUCAAUAG